CGCUGAGAUAUUGAAACUGCUCGGCUAAAAAAGACACCCUUUCUUUGAAGAAUACAAGGUCCGCUUUCGCGCUCUUCUGAGCAGUUCGGUGUACGUUCCGUCAUUUAGUCGAUGGCCAAGGGAAGAAGUUGUUCUGUUUCGAGAAAUAUCGCCAUAAAUCGAUUUAGCUCCCGUUAUUUAAACGCUGGGAAGGGCACGACGUCAACAAACGAAUCAUUGUAUUGUUGGACACAUUAGUGAGUAGUUGUUCAACUAAAGUGUGGAGACUGAGUGAGACCGAACCAUUAAUCGUGAAGUGAAUGCGUAUUCUUUAGGUAAAAAAAAGCUUCCACACGGUAUCUACGUAAAUAAUAGAUACCUAUUUUAACAUAAUGGCGUCUGUGAGCUUGAGUAAGUUCGUAACGGAAUCAGAGGUAGAAGAGGCUAAACGAAAGCGCAAGGAGGAAUGGGAUCGUGUUCGGGGGCCGGAUGACCCAGAAGACGCACCCGAGCCGGACGUAAGCGACAGGCGACCACUUUUUGAUAGGCUCGAGGAACAACGUUUGAAGAAAGAAGCCGAACGCGAAGAGUCACGCCAAUUGAAGAAUCUCGUCAAAGGUCUUGAUUCCGAUGAGGUUGAAUUUCUCGAACGAGUCGACGAUCUUCGGGCUCAGCAGGAACGCCAGCAGCGCGAGGAGGAACGCCGUGAGCUCGAGGAGUUCAAGCUGCGCACGCAAUUUGCCAGACCAGCUGUGGAACCCGAAAAGGUUGAGCCCAUAAAAAAAACAACGAAUUUCAGCUCCGAAAAGAGAGAAACGAAAUCACAAGCUAAGCUUCUCAUAGGCGCGAUUAAGAGAAAGGUCAGUGACGCCAAUAUUGCUGAUAGCACCAGCGGUACCGCUUCAAUCAAUAAAAGUGCGUCCAAUAGUCAACAAACGGCGACCGAAUCGGGUGACAUAAAUUCUAACAGACAACAAGCGGAUCAAGGACAACCAACGAAGACGAUGCGCGUACUUGGCGUAUUGCCUGGUCUAGGCAACUACGAGUCCGAUAGCUCUGAAGUAGAUUCUAAUGGCAGUUCGGAAGAAGAGCUGACCAUGCCUGUGCGAGAUCUUCUCGGCAGAAAGCUUAAUCAGCAAUGACAGACUGCACUAUGCGCAAGCGGCCGCCUUCGACAUAGACCUCACAAGCCCAAUAAUUGUAUACAUUUGUUUAUAUAAGUAAGAAUAAUGAUGAUAUGAUAACAGGCGUUAUCACACCGUUAAUCUAAACGCAGCAAACCUUGUAUUAAAUAGAAUAAAGUUAUUUUUUUUUGCUUCUCGUAAGUACCGCAGCUUUUGCGAUGCCAUUCGUAGUGUUUCGUUAGCUUGAACAGUGUGAGAAACUAGGCUCAGGAAGAAUUCCGUGGAUAUAUGGACAGGACUCGCAGUAUUUAUGUUAUUAUAAUAUAAAGAUGCAGAGCAUAAACGUUACUUGUCACAGUGAA